CUUGCUUGUAGAGCACGUGGAGGCGGCGGAGGCGAGGCCAAAGCGUGGAGAGGAAGAGUCGGAAGAGCACGACAAAUGCUGCCUUCGGAGCGAAAUGAUCGCGGGGGACGGCGGUGAUAGCAGCGGCGAGGAGGAGGGCGAGGAGGUGGAGGUAAUUCGGGAUGGCGAUUGGGCUCAUCACGUUGUCGACGUCACUCGAAGGAAUGAAUUUUGUCUGCCCAACGUGGUCAUGAUGGUGUCCGGCCUCUGCAAGAAGCCAUCGGGACAUCUUCAUCUUCGUCUUCGUCUGCUUCCGAAUAACGAGGACGCUGACUGAUUGACUGCGGCGACGCGGAUUGGGUCAGAGUGCCGGACAUAUCGACGGAUAUAGAAUCGAGUGUGGAAUGGUGGCAGGGCCUCGGAGCCCGGGGAAUUCGAGCGUUCAUGGAGCUGCGAAGGCAAGACGGUGCUUGUAUCAGUGGGCCUACGGAGUUUUGAGGUGAGCACAAGGCGGAGGAGGUCCAUGGUCUAGUUCCGGGAGGGAGACAUGGGGAGAUCGUUUCAAGUGGUGAUUUUGGGAGGUGGAACAGCCGCUGGCUAUGCAGCUCUGGAGUUUGUCAAGAACGACUACAAUCAUGGCGAUUUGUGCAUAAUCUCCGAAGAAUCUGUUGCGCCUUACGAACGUCCCGCAUUAAGCAAAGGGUUUCUUCUGCCGGAAGGUGCUGCCCGUCUUCCGUCAUUUCACACUUGCGUUGGUACUGGUAAUGAGAGACAACUGACGAAGUGGUACAAGGACCAUGGAAUUGAACUAAUUUUAGAUACACGCGUAGUGGCUGCUGAUGUGAAAGGACAUACCCUGCGCACCUCUUCUCAAGAAACCAUCGCGUUUAGAACCUUGAUUAUUGCCACUGGUGCAAGAGUUUUGAGACUUGAGGAGUUUGGGAUAACAGGAUCCGUCGCGCCGAACAUAUGUUACCUACGAAGUGUACAAGAUGCCAACAAGCUUGUGGAGGCAAUGGCAGCUUGUAAAAGCAUUGGGGGGAGUGCAGUGGUCAUUGGCGGCGGUUACAUUGGUAUGGAAUGCGCUGCAGCAUUAAUUGGCAACCGCAUACCGGUGACCAUGGUUUUUCCAGAAUCUCAUAUCAUGGCCCGCUUGUUCACUCCGGAAAUCGCAGCAUUCUACGAACAGUACUACGAGAAACGGGGAGUCACGUUCAAGAAGGGGACUGUAAUGUCUGGAUUUGAGAGGAAUGAUCAGGGCAAGGUCGAAGCUGUUGUACUCAAAGACGGUAGUCGAUUACCCGCCGAUUUGGUGGUAGUCGGUGUGGGCAUCAGACCGAACGUUUCUCUCUUUGAAGGCCAGCUUACCUUGGAGAAAGGUGGAAUCAAAGUAAAUGGGAAAAUGCAAACAAGCAACAGCUCGGUGUACGCAGUUGGGGACGUAGUGUCAUUUCCUUUGAGGAUGUAUGGUGAAAUGCGGAAGCUAGAGCAUGUAGAUCACGCACGUAAGUCGGCUGCCCAUGCUGUUCAAGCCAUAUUGUGUCCGGAGAAGAUCGAGGAUUACAAUUAUAUGCCUUAUUUCUAUUCGCGGGUUUUCACACUUUCAUGGCAGUUUUUUGGAGACAACGUUGGAUCCUGUAUCCAUUAUGGAGUACAAAGCAGUGGGAAGUUCGGUGCAUAUUGGAUUAACAAAGGCAAACUGGUGGGGGCGUUCCUUGAAGGCGGCUCGAAGGACGAGUAUGCAGCUUUGGCAAGGGUUGCUAGGGAUAGACCAGAGGUUCCGGAUGUCAAUCUGCUAGAAGAUCAAGGACUAGGGUUUGCAAUGGCCCAUACUAUGGAGCCUGACUCUGCUUCAAGCUCGUUCAAGGGAUCCAUUCAGGCAGGAAACAUGCUUCUUGAGAAACCUGCAAUGAUCGUUUUUCAGGCUGCAACUGGCAUCGCUGUUGCUGCGGCAAUAGCAGGUUUUGUGUAUUGGUAUGGAAGCAGAAGAAGGAGAUUGUUGUAGCUGUUCUAACAUUAUGUACUCACAGGCUUAUUUGAUACUCGAAAGCAAUUGUACAGCGGGAAGAUGAGCUUUGACAUGUCUACCAUGUCACGAGGGAAGUAGCUUCAGUCUUCUACCUGAAAGAGCAGAGUACAUCUUAAUUAGUGUUCCAGUGUGGCAGGUUGUUGUGUCUCAAUGAAUAGUUAUUUUUUGAAAUUUGCCCUUCCAUCGAACUGGGAACAUGUGUGGAGUCCACACAUGAUGGAACAGUGGGCUGGACAUUUUGAAGAGAGGUCAUAGUCGAGAAGGCGACUGUAUGGUUGACUUUAGGACUCGCUAUGCUGAAGGCGUCAAAUCUUGGUAUUCCACUACCUUGACGUUUUUAUCUGAGGGGUUAUUAGAAAAUUUAGCGACAUACGCGAAAUAGGGUUGCAUGUUGCAAUGUGUAAAAGUAUAUUACAUGGUGGAGUCGAUCUGCUUUUGGCUUUUAUUCUUCUCAGAACCAGGUGGAAUGCCUGACU